AUGCCCGUGAGCGAUAACCUGAUUGCCACCUUGAGGUCGUGGGUGUCCCUCGUCGCGUCGCAGACGGCGGCUGGGAUCGACCGAGACAGCCUGCUGGUCGCCCAGUCGGAUGCGUUCCUGGUCGACUUGAGGAACGCGGGGCCGCUCACCAUCGAUGACAUCUCUGCGGUUUCCACGGAGCUCAGCUCGGGGCCGUGGACACAGGAGCAGAUGGCCAGACUCGCCACCGCAGUCGGCAACAGCGGUGGCCAACCGAAGCAGAAAGCUGCCAGGGAGAACCAGACCAUGAACUACGUGGAGAGCUGCUUGACAGACCACGACUGGACUUGCGUUCAGGACGCGGGCCUGUCGGUCGAGGCCAAGCUCCAGGUCUUGGCGGAGCGCCUAUGGCGUCUGGGCGUGACGUGCCCUUCGAUUCCUUUGGUCAAGCGCGUGGUUGCCAUUGUGACGUUGUGCGGGCUCCCUGCCGAGAGCGACGGCGCUACCCCCGAUACAAAGAAGAAGUGGUGCACCACGCUGAAGGGCUACAUCAAGGGCCUCGACAAACAGCAGACUUGGCCAGGUCAGCAUAUCAAAAGGUACGUUGACGCCCCAUCGGAUUUGCCCACUGCUGUCUACGACUACGCCUACUCAGACGGCGCACCUUCUACCGCAUUGCCAGCGUCAGUGACGACGGCGGCCCUCGACGCGGAGGUCACGGCGUUCGGUUGCAAGAGGAGCCACAACACCCUGCAGCCGAGGCAUACCACUUCGGCUAGCCCGUGCUCGGCCCUGGGCAUGCAGUUCAUCAUGCGGAUGGCCCCCUUAGUCCAGCAGUUGAUGGGCGGCUCAUCGAGCGAGGGCGGGUCUGCCCAAGGGGGGGGCUGCCCGAUCAGCUACGCGAGGCCGACGCCGAAGCGCUCGCCAGCAUCCAGCCUUGCCCGUUCGGGCGUCGGGACGCUGAGUGCAUCGGCGGUUCCGAUGGCGGGCGGCCCCAACCCCGAGCAGGACCUCAGCGGCUUCGACUCGCAGUUGUCUGGUGCGAGCGCCGCGUCGCCGCCUCAGACGGCUGGCGGUGCAGGCGGGGCGGCGAUGCCGCGGCUCCUCUUGCAGGCGACGGCGCGCCUGAUGCAGGCACGGCCUUGGUGCCUGCCGAGGUGGGCGGCGCACCUGGUGCAGGCGGGGCCGUGGUUCCUGCCGCGGUCGGCGACGCGCAUCAUGGUGGACCUCGGGCGCCUGUUGGAGGAGAAGCUCAACAGGUCAGCGGAGGCGGCUGGUAGCAACUACAGGUGCAAGAAGAGGCCCGCGGCAGCGGGCACCGCCGAGGAGGUCGAGUUCGACGAGGGCAAGCCCGAGGAGAGCGCGCCCGCGCAGACGGAGGCUGCACGUGCUCCCAUGGCUAAGGCAGCGAAAGGCUCGGGGGCAAUGGCGAAAGGCACGGGGGGUGCGGCAAUGGCAAUGAUGAGGGAUGAGGGUGAUGAGGAGUAUCAGGAGCAAGAGUAG